AUGGAGAGGGAUUGGGAGACCUAUGCAGUCGACUCCCAGGGGCUGUCGGGAGGCAUCUUGGUUCUGUGGAGGCGGGGUGUGGGGACAGUUGAUGUCUUCCACAACUGCUCCCAACAAGUAAUCAUGAUAGUAUCACGACCCGACGCUGCUCCAUGGGUACUGUGUGGUGUGUACGCUAGCACGGACCAUCGGGCUAGGAGAGUCCUCUGGCAGGAGAUCACCAACCUGACCGCCCAGGGCACCCCGGCGGUAGCAAUUGGUGAUUUCAAUUGUAUCCAGAGCGCGAAUGAGAAGCGGGGGGGAGCUGCUUUCACGGAUCGAGUGGACAGGAGAGAGUUUCGAGACUUUGUGUCGCGGAACGGCCUAGUAGACUUGGGUUUCUCGGGACCACAGUUUACCUGGUGCAAUAAUCAGUUGGGCAGUGCUAGGAUUUGGGAGCGAUUAGAUAGGGCUUUUGCGACCCCUGAUUGGAUCCUCCGUUUUCCCACAGGCCGAGUUAGUCAUUUGCCACGGAUUGCCUCGGACCACUGCCCACUGCUACUGUCCACCUCAUCAGGCCCCACGCACCGCAGCCCCUUCCGCUUUGAGAAGGUCUGGCUGUCGUACCCCCAGUCUUGGGAUAUUGUUCGCGAUGCGUGGCGGGCCCCGGUGCAUGGCGAUGCCAUGCAACGGGUCUCCCGCAAACUUGAGCUGACCAAACGGCGCCUCCGCCGAUGGAACCGUGAAGUUGUGGGCGAUAUCUUUCGGCGACUGGAGGGGGUUGAGACCUCGAUCGCUGAGCUGCAGAGAAAGGAAGACCUAGGAGGCGUGCUUCCGGAGGACGAUAUGGCCGAUCUCCGGGGACUUCUUGCGACUCACCACUCGCUACUACGGCAGCAUGAGAUUUUUUGGCGACAAAAAUCUCGGGUGCAGUGGGUAAGCGAGGGUGAUCGCAACACCAGGUUCUUUCAUCGGUCGACGGUUAUCCGGAGACUGAGGAGCAUGAUCCACUCACUGCGAGAUGGAUCUGGACAUCGUGUGGAGGGCGAGCCUGCCAUCCGGCAGGUCUUACUCGAUUUUUUCUGUUCUAGAUGGACGGAGGAUGAGGAGGCCAGUGAUGGGGUCCCCCCUCUGACGGUGGAUGCAGGUAUUUGUGAUGCUGAGAGUGUAUCUCUGACCCGGCAGGUGUCGGCACAGGAGGUACAGGAGGCAGUCUGGGCCUUGGCAGUGGACAAGGCCCCGGGACCUGACGGGUUUCCCCCCUUUUUCUUUCGGCAGUAUUGA